AUGGCAACUAUUAGCCACGAUACGGCUAUACCCAGAGCUCAAGUGAUGGGUCGUUUGUGGCCGGCUUCUUUUGAUGCAUCAAGAUGGUCUGUGGAUAUUCUCCAGCUCGUGGGAAUUGCAGCAGCAAUUGGUGCUGGAACAGCAAGGCCAUUAAUGCCCCUGAUUUUUGGAGGGUUAGCAAACAAAUUCAACAAUUUCCAAGAUGCUUCUGCUCUGAAAGAAACUGUUGAUUCUGAAGUUUUGUACUUGUUGUACCUUUUUAUUGGUCAAUGGUUUCUUACCUGCGUUUAUGGUAUUUUACUAUCAAUAUCUGCAAUGAAUCGUUCCAGGAGACUGAGAGCAUCGUAUCUGAAGUCAGCUAUCCAUCAAGAUACGGGACUAGUAAGCCAAGGAAAAGUUGCCGACAAUUUUGCUACGAGUAUCAAUAGUAUUGAGGAUGCAUUGGCUGAGAAGCUUGGGGUUGUCAUGCAAGCAGGUUCAACUGUCAUUGUUUCCCUGAUCAUUGCCUUUGUACACAGUUGGCAGCUCACUUUGGUCCUUUUUUCUACAAUUGUGCUUCUGUUCAUUAGUAACUUUGGUACCGCUGCUCUGGAUACACGUUUCGAGCAGAAAAUACAGCAAAUUGAGGAAAGCGCUGCGAAUUUGGCGGAAGAAGUGUUCAACGGCAUACGUAUGGUAAUGGCUUGUGUUGCGGAAUCGAAGCUUGUUGAUGAUUACACCGCAAUUCUCGAAGCUGCCAGGAUAAAAAGAAUGCAGAAGAGUCCCAUACUUGCAGUGCAGUUCUCGAUGAGCUACUUUGCUCUACUCUCUUCUUAUGCUCUCGCAUUUUGGUAUGGAACGAUUUUGUUAAAUCAGGGGAAAAUAUCAAGCGGUGGAACAAUUGUCAUCGUGAUUCUUUCUAUCAAUCAAGGGACAAAUGGUAUGAGAAAGAUUUUGCCGAUCUAUGGAAUCCUCUCCAAGGCGAGAGCAGCCUCAAUAAACCUGAAUAAAGUGAUCAGCAGCACGCCAACAAUUAACUCCCUUAACAGUGGCGAUGCCGGUAAGAUGACAGCUCUAGUUGGCACCAGUGGCUCUGGAAAAAGCACAAUUGUUGGUUUAAUUGAGCGAUGGUAUGAGCCAACACGAGGCACCGUCUCGAUUGAUGGAUUUGCUAUUAAUGAACUGAAUGUGAAAUCAUUGCGAAGCAAAAUUGGACUUGUGCAGCAGGAAGUUACGCUUUUUAAUGAUAGUAUAUUCUACAAUGUUGCUUGCGGACUUUAUGGCACGUCCUUCGAAAAUUCAUCUGACAAGGACAAGAGAGACUUGGUAGUCAAGAGCUGCAUGGAUGUCGGAGCGCAUGCCUUCAUUGAAAGCUUACCCGAUGGGUAUGAUACUAAGGUGGGAGACAAAGGAAAUCUCCUCAGUGGUGGCCAAAAACAACGCAUCAGUAUAGCUCGAGCUAUAAUAUCGUCUCCGGAAAUUUUGAUCUUCGACGAGGCAACGUCGGGCUUGGACAUAGAAUCGGAGCGGAUCGUAGAGGCAGCGAUAAAAAAGGUUUCAAUAGGUAUGACGAGUAUUGUCAUAACACACAAGCUAUCCCUUGUUCAAAAAGCGGACCAGAUCGUCUUGUUAAAAAAUGGAAGGGUGCUUGAAAGCGGCACACAUCAAUCUUUACUGGCAAUGAACGGUAAAUAUGCCCAACUUGAUGAGGCGCAAAGGCUCGACGAGGCAAUUCAAUACACCGAUCAGCCAGGCGAAAAAUCUGAAAUUCAAGAAGACAAAAAAAUCGAUGCCACCAAGUUGCAACUUGAUGAGACGGCGCAGCCGAUGAAAACUUUUGACGGCAUGUCUACCCCUAUGACGCUGGAUCCACCAAGGUCUUCAUUAUUCCGAUCUUUAUGGAUAAGUCUACUGGACCAUCGAGUACUCAUGCGACUUUUUGUAGCGGUGGUACCUACAUGUGUGAUUGCAGGCGGCGUAUACCCAGCCCAAGCAAUUCUUUUUGGACAUAGUGUUUCCAGGCUGGGAAAUUUCGACUCCAACAUUCAGAAGACGGAAAACUUUUGGUCUCUCAUGUGGUUUGUGGUUGCUAUCGGAGUCAUUAUUGCCUUUUUCUUAAUGGGUACCAUUUCUUCAAUAAUGGGAACUACCACGAAGUUCUAUUACCAAACUGAGUAUUUCAAAUCCAUGAUACGGCAGGAUCAUCUUUUCUUUGACAAGGAACAAAAUUCGAAAGGAACUCUUGUAGCAUCUCUUUCAUUGCAUACGAGCCACAUUCAGAUAUUGUUUACAGUUCUGGGGUCUCUUUUAGUCGCUUUGGCUAAUCUAACAUCGUGCAGCAUUUUAGCACUAGUAGUUUCAUGGCGACUGGCACUAGUGGGGUUGUUUGGCAGUGUGCCUGUUAUUCUUUUGGCCGGUUACCUUCGAGUUCGCUCAGCCUCUGCAAAAAGUAAAACACUCUCUGGGCCUCUACUUAACAGUGCACAAUAUGCGUCAGAAGUCAUCGGAGCAGUACGAACAGUGGCAGCUUUGACUAUGGAGGACGAAGUUUGUCUCCAACUAGACAAGAGAAUGCGAGAAUCUCUUCCGGUCUUCUAUAAGAAUAUUCUAGUAACAAUGCCGCUGUUUGCAUUUUCGGAGAGUGGAGCUUUUCUUGGUAUGGCUCUGAUAUUCUGGUACGGAGGUAACCUACUAGCCAAUGGCAAGCUGGAAACUGUUGAACUAUGGAUCGUUUUCUUGGCGAUAUUGUCCGGCGGAGAAGGUGCAGCUGAAUUUUUCGCAAGUUCGAGUAGUAUAUCGCAAGCAGGCCAUUCCAUUAACAAAAUUCUCGGCUUAAGAUCAAGAGCAGCUUCCAUAACUGACGGAACCACAUCUCAGCAACGCAAUUAUGAUGACGAGAAAGUCAGAAACACUCCAGUGUCUAUCAAGUUUCAGGGCGUCGAAUUUAGCUAUCCAGCUUCUUCACAACAUGCAGUUCUGAAAGAGAUUGAUUUUAUGAUUGAACCAGGCCAAAAUCUAGCGAUUGUUGGCCCCUCGGGCUCUGGAAAGUCUACCAUCAUUGCCUUACUAGAGAAGUUUUACACAAUCACUAAUGGAUCCAUUUUCAUCAAUUCAUCUUCCUUGAAUGAAAUUGAUACCCAGUAUCAUCGCAGUCAAACGGGUCUAGUCUCUCAAAACACCACCUUGUUUGAAGGUACUCUUCGAGAAAACAUUCUUCUUGGUGUUCGCGAUUUGUCUUCGAUUGAUGAACGCCUCGAAAAUGCUGCAAAGGAUGCAAACAUACACGACUUCAUCAUUUCUCUACCAGAAGGUUACAACACACAAUGUGGAGAGAAAGGUUUCGGUUUCAGCGGAGGUCAGAGGCAACGAAUAGCACUUGCUCGAGCUCUUGUACGUCAACCCAGAAUUUUGUUGUUAGAUGAAGCGACCAGUGCGCUUGACUCUUUGAGCGAGAAGGAAGUACUCGAUGCUUUGAAUCGAAUCUCAGGUCAGACUACCACGAUUACAGUGGCACAUAGACUUGCGACCAUUAGAAACGCGGAUUGUAUUUUAGUACUCGUGAAGGGAAGAAUUGUUGAGAGAGGCACACACCUAGAAUUAAUGGAGUUAAGAGGGACUUAUUGGGCGAUGAAUCAGGCACAAGCUUUGGAUAAGGAUUUGUAAAUUUCAAAAUACUGUUCUGUCUUUUUCUAGAUUACUUAUUCUAUUAAUUUCGA